AUGUCCGCCCCUGCCCCCGAGCUCUCUCUGCUCCUCCAGCGGUUCUUCUCCUCAGAUGGCCUGCUGCUGCAGCUCGCGUUACAACUCGUGGAGGCAAGAAUGACCUCGGGGUUCCCUCCCAUCAAGGCACUCUACUCAUAGAAACGGAUUUGAGGCGCUUCUCUUUUACAAAAGGAAGGGGGGGAAACCUGCAGUAAUAAUGGCGUUMCAUGGUGCACCUGUGUGGACGCGGCUGGUCGCGGCUGUCUUCACGUUCGCUGCGCUGUGGGGAUCUGCGCUCUCCAUCACUCGCUACUCCGUACCGGAGGAAAUGGAAGCGGGCUCCUUUGUUGCCAAUCUAGCCACGGAUCUGGGUCUGGARGUCCGCAGCUUGGAGGAGCGCAACGCAAAGCUCGAUGUCAUUCAUAGCAAGAAUUACCUUGACAUCAACAAAGACACGGGGGAGCUGGUAAUCCGCGAGAAAAUAGACCGGGAGAYCAUAUGCAUGACUAAAACAACCUCGUGCUUUCUGAAGAUGGACGUCAUUCUCUCAAACCCUGUCCGCAUUUUUAACAUCGAGCUGGAAAUCAUGGACAUCAAUGACAACGCGCCUGUGUUUCGCAGGAAGACAAUGCACUUGGACAUUUCCGAGGCAACCCCUCCCGGUGAGAGAUURUCCUUGACAAACGCCGUGGAUGCGGAUGUGGGGGCGAAUUCUAUCAAYACCUACUAUUUGAGUGAAAGCAAAUACUUCAACAUUGACAUACAAACGGGCAGCGAUGGUUCCAAAUAUGUUGAUUUAGUGGUGAGUGGCCAUUUGGACAGAGAGGAGCAUGCAGUCCAUAAUCUGAUUUUAACAGCUGUGGAUGGGGGGGUUCCUCCCCGCUCUGGCACAGCCAGCAUCAUUAUUAAUGUCUUGGACAUUAAUGAUAACGCCCCUUCGUUCAGCCAGUCAGUGUUUGCAGUCAGUGUUUCAGAGAACUCUGCAGUAGGUUCAGUGGUUAUGACCUUAAACGCAACAGAUUUAGAUGAAGGCACGAACUCCCAGUUGAUUUAUUCAUACACGCUUUACACCUCAGAGAAAACGCAGGAGCUGUUCUCCCUUGACCCAAACUCAGGUGAYAUCAAAGUGAAGGGGGUGAUCGAUUAUGAGGAGAGUCAAAGUUUUGAGAUGCACAUCCAGGCUCAGGACGGAGGGACAAACCCACUGUCAGGACACUGCAAAGUGAUAGUUUACGUCACAGACAUAAAUGAUAACUACCCUGAGGUGACCAUCAAGUCCCUGAAAAGAGCGGUGGCCGAAGACAUCUCUGUMGGGACGCUGAUUGCUGUGGUCAGUGUCAGCGAUAGGGACUCUGGAGAGAAUGGGGAAGUGGACCUCAAACUUAACCAGCAAGAACUUUUACCGUUCAUCCUGAGUAAAUCCUCAGAGGGUUACUUUGAGCUACUGGUAGCAAAGGAACUGGAUAGGGAGAUAAAAAGCAAGUAUGAUAUCACACUAAUAGUGUCAGACAGAGGAUCACCACCCUUGUAUGAAAAUGAGACCAUCACCUUGGAGAUCCUAGAUAUCAAUGACAAUGCACCCACUUUCUCCCAGUCUUUCUACACAAUCCAUGUUGUGGAGAAUAAUCCACCUGGGGCGCUGCUGACAUCUCUAAGUGCAUUUGACCCAGAUCUCAAUGAGAACCAGUAUUUGGUUUAUUUCAUAAUGGAGAAAGAGAUCGUUAACACAUCCAUGUCAAUGCUUUUCUCCAUCAAUCCAGAGAACGGGGACCUUUAUGGCCUAAAGACUUUUGACUAUGAGAGAGAAAGGGAGUUUUUGUUUCACAUUGAGGCGAGAGACUCUGGUGUUCCCCCACUGAGCAGCAAUGUGACGGUUCAUAUUGUCAUUCUGGACCAAAAUGACAACACGCCUCUCAUUGUGUCACCUUGGCGGGCACACGGCUCUGUCGUUGAGGAGGUGAUACCGAGGUCCACGGAAAAAGGACACUUGGUGGCCAAAGUAGURGCCGUUGAUGCGGACUCUGAGCAGAAUUCCAGAGUGACCUACCAGCUCCUGCAGAUCAGUGACUCAACACUCUUUAGCCUGGAUCAGUAUAAUGGCGAGAUUCGAACUACAAGGAUGUUUAGUCACAGGGAUCCAAGACAGCAGAGGUUGGUAGUUAUUGCCAAAGACAAUGGCGAGCCUGCUCUCUCUGCCACMGUCACCAUCAAGAUAUCAACAGUGGAACAUGCCAUGACCUUCUUAGAGACUACCGAGUUGCCUCUAGAGUAUGAAGUCUUCACAAACCUAAACCUGUAUUUGGUGAUUGGUUUAGGAGCUGUGUCGUUUUUGCUGCUGAUAACCAUCUUGGUUAUUAUUGUCCUCAAGUGUCAAAAACCAAAGCCAAAGGCCAUCAAGAUGCCCCCAGCCAAUAGAAACAGCAUGAUCAGCCAGAGGAGUUCCACCAUCGCUGAUUCCACCUUGAUCUCCAGUGAUGCCUACUGGUACAGCCUAUUUCUUGCAGAAACCAGGAAGGGUAAAGUGGUUGUGAGACAGCCCAUAAUCCCCAAAGGAGCUGGCUACUUUGUGUCCAGUAUACCCAGGAGCAUAGGCCCGAGUGAGACGACAGAUUCCAGAGCGUCCACACUGGAGUUCUCAAAAUGAACGGAAGUCCAUUCUACAACUGGAGCAGGAGCCCCGGAGAGAUCGGCGGUGAUCUUAUCUCUUCGUUGGAGUCUAAAGAUGAACCUUUCCUGUGACUCACAAAGAUCAUGUAACACAGCUGUUUGUUUUUUUUUUUUUUUUCAUGCAGAAACUCAAAACACAAUCAUAAACCUACAUAUGAAUCAGGGUAAAUAAGCUCCUUCUAUACAUUUGAUACAUUCAUAAUUGUAGCUGGUUACAGUAUUUUUGAGAUUCAAGCAUUGCCCUUGGGUGUUCUUUUUUUUCUAGUUUAAUUUUUAUGUAUUUCAGGAGACCUUAAGUGUUACAAGACUAAAACUUUUAUGUAAUUUUAUGAAAACAAAACAAAAAAGUGACACAGUUUUAGAUUGUUUUCUAUAUGUUUAUUGUGCUUGACAAAUUCUGAAUGUCGAAAAAGAAUGAAAAAAACAAGUAAAUGAAAAAAACUAACUUAAAAAAGUACUUUUCUUAUUUGAUUGUAGGUGCAGUAGUUCUAUAGAAAUUCUAAUGAGGUACAUAAGAUAAAAAUCUAACAAUAUAUGUGCAAUUCAAUCUUUGUGUUACUUGAUACAUAUGAGUUGCACUGCAAUAUUAAAUCUUUUGAGCCAAAUCUAUAUGUGUUAAAUAUUUCUAUACAAUCAGCUUAUUUUUCUCUUGUCGGAGAAGGGAAGUSUUUGGCUAUUAGAAAACUGUGCCGGAGUGGGGAAAAGUUGAAACAAACAAAUAAAUUGUAUUUUAUCCAAAUUUAUUUUCAGAUUUAACUUUCCCCUGUAUUUUUUUUUUCUGUCUAUAUAAGCUCUUUUUAACUUUUAAAAGGUUUAAGAAAAAACCAAGGCCAAACUUAAAAUGAUGAAAACAAAAUGUUUUGAAUUCAAAUUUUGACCUAAAAAAACUUAACUAUAAAUGUGUUUUAUGACAAAAACUGAUUUUUUAAAAUGUAUUCAACUUUGCUGUGAGGUGCAGACAAGGUGUUCUUUGAUAAAUAAUGUUUUUUUAGAUGCAUAUUUUACGUAAUAACUUUAAUUGCUGCUUCUGUGCGCUUCUUUAAGGACAUUUUGUGUUGCAUAUUUGUAGUGUAGUGCUUAUGAAGUUGUUUUGGUCGUGUACAUGAAUAAAAAAUGAAACGAGAAUACUUCUCUUGACCUCAAAGGUGGUGCAGUUGCACCGCCACGGAAAGCCCAGGACUUUUUAACUUCUCUGGAACAAGGAGCUUUUUAAGAACGCUCAUUAGCGUGCCGAAUGAUAAAAUGUUACGACAUGAGCUAGGCAGGAUGGAUUAUGGGAAGUACGUGGUAUUAAUUAUAGCCACAGUAUUUUUGUGCUGACUCCGCUGACAGUGCAGGAAUGGUAUUAAGCGGAGGAGAGCACUUUGAAUUUGGAGUAUGCACUGAAUCUAAACAUGAUCCUUCGCUCCCUCGCUAAUGCAGCAGAGAUGGGAUAGUUCUGGAUGUAUCCAGCUCCUCACUCUGAGUCAGUGAAAUCUGACCUUCCCUUUUAUUUUCUCUCAUAUUUUCAGACCAAACUUUGAAAGCUGUUUAUUGGACUGAAGAUUUCACAUGAUGAGGGAUCUCUUGCUAUAGUGAGCAAUUCAAGGGAUAUUUUCAGCAUUUUGAUGUGGGAUUCUGUGGAACCUUUACGACCAAUUAACAUCUUGUUGUAAAAAGCACUUUGAACAGCCUGAGUUUGGAGAGUUUACAUCAGACCAGACCAGAUUCUUAUAAAAGUUGUGCGUUGAAGCAGCCAAGUGARCAGCAAAAUUGAUUUGUGAAAUUUCAAGUUCAUACAUGCAGGUGCAUGACGCGGCACAAAAAAAGUUGAAAAAUGUUCAACUUUUGUCACGUUGCGCUACAACCAAUCAGCGAGGGUUUCAUUGACUGACCAAUGAGCUGAGCUUAUAGUACACACUGCAGUCAGUGAACAUUUUCAACAUGGAAGAAAACGUUAUUGUAAGUGKGUCCAACUUUGCACGUAAAAACUGCUUUAAAAAUGUCAAAAUCCCUCCAGUUUCAUGACCAAUCAAAUGAUCUGUGCCAGUUGGUGGCAAUAAUGCACACCAUUUGUUUAUUUUUAUUUUUGCCAACCGUCAAUAAAAUCUACAAGACAAAGAAAAACCAAUCAAAUUCUUGGAGAUAAGAGGCCCGAUGGUGCGAUUCACAACGCUGCCAUUGCUAAUGCAUCCUGUUGGGUUUCAGUCCGGCGAUGAUUGCCACCUGUCAUUGUCAUUUGUUGAGCCCUUAAGACAGCAAUUACCUACUUUAUACUAUAGUUUGGAUUAACUAUCAUUAACUUCUCUAAUAGAUCAAAGAAUCAUUGCUUUCAGUCUUAAAAUAUCUUCAGUUUUUAAUGCUGUGAUAGAAACGUUUGCAUCGACAUCAUUUCAUAUUAUAUUAUUAAGGUAGAAAGAUUAACUAACUGCUUCAAAUAAUAGAAUAUUACAUAAAUAACUUUGUGAUAUAUAACAUUUUAAAGCAAGCUAUUUUAAAAUGACAAACUUUGGUCGGACUAAUCAUUAGCUCUUCAACCUCAUUAACUGUAAACUCCCUUUCUCCAAAUGGAAGUUGCUCAAAGUGCCAUCUACAGCGGGAACAUUUAAUUUGUUGUACAAAUUCUCCCAUCAAAAUGGCUGGAGCAUCCCUUUAAUUCCAACAGUAUUUAUCUGUUUAUCAAGUUGCACAUAUGAUGAGCUCCUUGCGUGCCUUUUGCCUUGUAAAAAAUGACUGUUGACAACUGAAAAAAUGGCAUUUCUUAUAGUAUUACAAAUUAGUUUCUCCCACAAUACAGAUCCUGAACUGCUUGGUGGACAGGAGGACUUUUGGAUUCAGAACACAUCAUGAACCCGUACAUGCAUUUACUGUAAAUUGAACUGCUUUAUAGUUUAUGUUUUUUUAUAUAACUUUUUUAUUAUCUUGUGUGUUCACUGUGAUCGAAUGGCACAGGAGGCGCUUGAGCUCCAUGUAGAAAACAAGACUUAUUCCUCAUCUGUUUCUUUCUCUGCAGCUACUUCGCCAGUCAGGCUGUACAAUACGCUUUAGUGAUCACAUCAAACGCUCUCCAGUGUCAUUCCAUUCAGCAAAUCAGAUAUAGUAUGGGUGAGAAUGGUUUUGCUUUGMUAUCGAGUCUAGUUAACUGACAGAUUUUUUGAUGUUGCUUAUUUGAUUCUAAUGUAAUGCCUGAUCAUGCUAGUUUGAAUAAAGAUUUUUAAAUCUGC